CUUCACUUCGCUGUGGGUGCCUCAUCAUCGCUAAACCGUCUGUUUCUCACAUCCGCUCUGCCAUACACCUUGGAAGGAAGCCAGCGGCGUGACCACUAGUUCGCCACACAGCAAACCAGUUGGAAAUCCUCCAGGGACGGUUGGGUGACCGACCGUCUCGUUUUGACGAGUUGCAGACACUCUUGCUAGAAGCUUUAUCUUCGCGAGCAGAAAUGUCCAAGUCUUGCAAGGGUCUGGCGUACGAGCUCGUCAAGUGCGUGGCGGAGAGCCCGUGUGUGAAGGAGAAAGGUCAGUCCGUGCAGGAGUGCGCGGGGAAGCAGCCGCCAGAGAUUCCGUCCAAAUGUGUGGGGCUGAGGGAGACGUACGCCAAGUGCAAGAGAGGACAGGUUGACAUGAGAACGCGGAUUAGAGGCAACAAGGGGUACUAGGAGCCAGUGAACUUCAUAGAAGGGUGGGACAUUAUCUUAGAGAAGGGUGCAGGGAGCUUCCACACAAGGGAUCUUAGAGACGUUUCGUAGGAUUUCUGAAGACCUUGCGUGUGGAAGAUGUCAGAAGUGGUAUGAUUCUCUCUUCUCUACUCUGUUUUUUUCCGCUGGAAAAACACAAGUGUACAAUAGUUUUGAGUUUACCUUAUGUGAGGUGGGUACAUACAGCAUACUUAUAUUGAAGGGAUCAAACUGGUUAUAGA